AUGGGUAAAAAUAUCGUCGUAUUGUGUGACGGCACUUGGAAUAGUAAAAAUUCAAGAACUAACGUUUAUGCGUUAUACAGAGAAUUAAUACUUGGGCAACAACAUGUCAGGUACAUAAAUGGAGUCGGAAUUGGAGAAUCGGCCUUGGGUUUUAUAAUCGAUGGUGCUGUAGCUCUAAGCCUUGAUACUAAAAUAAAAGAGGGUUAUAAAUAUAUAGUUGAACACUAUAAACCUGGUGACGAUAUAUGGCUUUUUGGUUUUAGUCGUGGUGCCUAUACUGUGAGAUGUAUUGCUGGAAUGAUAAGAAAUUGUGGAAUAAUAAAAGUAGAUCGAGAUAUCACAUCCGAGCAAGUUGACGAACGUGUUGAUCGUGCUUAUCAUAACUACCGUAAUAGAGAUAAGAUUUACCACCCGGAAGGAACUGGAUCUGACGAAUUCAAAAAAAAAUUCAGUUAUCCUGACUCUGAAAAACCAGUCAUUAAAUUUCUUGGACUUUGGGAAACUGUUGGUGCUCAUGGUUUACCUGUAUAUGUAGUUGGCGAAGGUUUCAAAUAUUUAGAAUUUUACGAUCAAGUCGUACCCAAUAUAGUUAAUUUUGCGUGUCAAGCUUUGGCUAUUCACGAAAGAACUUCUUUUUUUGAACCUUGUCAUAUAUAUCCAAAUAGUUCCGGUACCGUAACUGUCAAAGAGACUUGGUUUCCUGGUAUACAUAGUGAAAUAUGUGGUGGAACUUAUUUAUCAUUUGGAGGUAACGAAAGAAUAUCAAAAGCAACUAUGCUAUGGAUGAUAGAACAUAUUGUACAAAUUGGAGGUUUGUUAAUGCGAGAUGAUCUUGAGGGUUAUCGUACUCGAUUCUCUCCAUAUUACGGACCUUCUUGGAACCUUAAAAAUUUAAUAUUCGAUAAUGGCAACGCUCUUAUCCCAAUGCUGCUUAAAGACAGGACUAUUCCUUUAGAAUUAGAUCCUAUUAGUAAAAAGUUUUUAAGAAAAGAUUUACUUUAUAGAGAUAGUGACUGGUUACUUCUAUUUGGUACUAGGACCAAUCUGCAUACUCAUUAUGGUUCGAAUACGUAUGAAGAGUUGCGUAAAAUUAUGGAAACGAAGAGAAUCAUGCUAUAUAACAAUAUAAUAUACGACAAGGUUGCAAACGAAAAGAGCGAAAAUAUAUUUGAGUGGCUCGUUUAUAAUAUAACAUCACUUAGGAUUAUGAGUUAUUUUUAUUAG